AUGAUAUUGGCGCAUGUCACAGCAACUGAAAUUUAUAGAAAGAAGUAUCAGGAAAAACAAGGAGGGAAGAUCGGCAUUGUACUACAUAUCUAUUGGCAUGAGCCACUGAGAGACAUUCCAGCCGAUAGUGUGGCUGCUCAACAAGCUCUAGGUUUCAUUGCGGCUUGGUUUAUGGAUCCCAUUAUGUUUGGAGAGCACCAACCAGAAAUGCAACAAAUAGUAGGCAUAAGGCUAACAUCAUUUUCAGCGGAGGAUAAAAGGAAAUUGGCAAACAAAUUGGAUUUCAUUGGAAUCAACCAUUAUAGCACCCUCUACGCAAAGGAUUGCUUGUUGGCACCAUGCAAUUAUCAUGAUGAUUUACUUAAGAUACAUUUACUUAUGGAACUGGAGAGAAAGAUGGAGUUCUUAUCGGAGAGCCCGUAA